UUUCCGCCUGCGACGUUACCUAGGAGUCCAGCGGCACCCGGACCAGCAGCGAUUGGAAUUUCGAAUGCCUUGGGAAGAGGAAUCAGAAUUUACAAAGCAGGAUAAGGCUGCCAGAGUCAUUCAGCAGGCCUGGAAAAGUUUCCUUGUUAAAUUUCCACCUGAUAUAUACUAUAAGAUUUUUACUCACAGACCUAUUGAAGAUCUGUGUGCUAACAGCCCUAGAAAUUAUGCAAAACUUCCAGCAAAGCAUACAUCUUGUAAUAAAAAUGAUCAUCUUCAGGAAGAGGAUCAUAGUGGCUGGUAUCAUCGUAUAGAAAACAAUGGCUGGAGGCCAGUUUCUGAUACAUUUUGGCUAUCUACUGAUGGUAUGGUGGUGGAAGACAAAAAGGAAAGUGAAUUCCAUUUCUCUAAACUGAAGAGAAGGCAAGACUUGGAAAAGAAAAGAAAACUUAGAAAAAUAGAGUGGAUGAGGCAAAUGUACUACUCAGGAAGUCUGGAGGCUAAGUCAACACAUCAUGAAACUCUAGGACUAAUUCACACUGCAACAAAGGGGCUGAUUAGAGCUUUUGAAGAUGGGGGGAUAGAUUCUGUGAUGGAAUGGGAAGUGGAUGAAGUGCUGAACUGGACGAAUACACUGAACUUUGAUGAGUACAUUGCCAGCUGGAAGGAAAUUGCUACAAGCAACUCUUCGGCUAACUUCAAAGGAAUCUUCUUUAGGAUCUUAUUCAGAAUUAAAAUGGAAUAUGAAGAAUUUUUAUCUUCUCCAAGUCCUGCUAAUGUUAACACCAUUCUACCCCAAUGGUAAGUCUGAAAUGAAUGACUCAAAGGUAAAACUGCCUCCCAACACCAAGAAAACAAAUGCUCUCCACUACAUUAAAGCUUCUGAUAGGCCUUCUCAGAAGAUAAUCUGGUAUAAAACUCUAAGGUAAAAUAACCAGAAGCAAAGACACUGAAAAGCAUAAAACUUCUUUUUCUACUAGAGAAGAAGAAUGGUUUAAGACUACAUAGGAAUUAAUUUUUUAAGAUAUUAAUGCAUUUAAGGCUUAAAAACAUUUCAAUUUUCACUCACCUCUCCCUCUCAUUCUUUACCAACCACCCCCACCACCACCACACACACUUAUGAGACAUCGAUUCCUACCUAUUCAAAUUAUAGGCCUACUACACUACUUCUUCAGAGUUCUGGUCAACUCUCAAGCAGUAUUGAUCAGUCAGACCAUCCAUUCUAGCAAUUCCUGUAUGCACUGUUAAAAAUCUCAUGAGAAAUAACAGGAACAAAGAUACUAUACUAUAAAACAAUUUACCAAAAACAAGAAAAUAAACAUUGUCACAGCACAGUAGUGCCACAGAUUUUGAGACCACUGCACACAGUAAAGAAACUUACAUCUUAAAAUAAAGAUACAUAAAGAAGACAUUUACACAACUCUAUUUACUUCUUAGAACUAAAGCAAAGAGAAAAGUAAAAAGAGGGGUAAUACAGCUAAAUGUAACUUGGAAAAACACUUGCUCCUAUCCCUAACAUAGAUGAAAUAAAUUGGAGCCAAGAAGGCUGCAUAAUUUAACAAAGGUAACAUGGUUACUGGUACAGCUGGUACUAGAAUUGAGAGUUCUUGACACUGAUUUAACAAAAGUGCUAUCCUGAAUAUGGAUUACUGCAAGGAGAUAUAAAUAUCACACCAAUUAAAUAUAACACUUUGCAACAGCUUCACCUAAAAUAAUCAUGUUAAAAUUCAGCCAAUAGUUAACAAGUUACA